AUGAAAUGGUACCAUAUGAGACCCAUCAGAGACCCAUCAAAGAGACCCAUCAAUGAGACCCAACAGAGAGACCCAUCAAAGAGACCCAACAGAGACCCAUCAAAGAGACCUAACAGAGAGACCCAACAGAGACCCAUCAGAGACCCAACAGAGAGACCCAUCAAAGAGACCCAUCACAGAGACCCAACAGAGAGACCCAACAAAGAGAUCCAACAGAGAGACCCAACAGAGAGACCAAGAGACCCAACAGAGACCCAUCAAAGAGACCCAUCAAAGAGACCCAACAGAGAGACCCAACAGAGACCCAUCAAAGAGACCCAUCACAGAGACCCAACAGUGAGACCCAUCAAAGAGACCAACAAGACCCAACAGAGAGACCCAACAGAGAAACCCAACAGAGAGACCCAUCAAAGAGACCCAUCACAGAGACCCAACAGAGACCCAUUAAAGAGACCCAACAGAGAGACCCUAUAA